AUGGGGGAGCAGAAAAACAAGAGGCAGCGGUUUUUCCACAACGGCGAGGGCAGCGGCGGCAAGAAGUCGAGCGUCGCGGUGCUAGCCUGCGGUCCGGCAGCCACCGUGGCACCGCCGGUGCUGGCGCCCAGCCCCGUUGCCAUGGCAAAGCCAGCCCCCGCCGUGGCGGAGACCACUCCUCUGGCCGCCAUGCCGCCGGCGCCUGCGUCCCCCACGGUGGUGGACCUGGCGGCACCCAGUUCAGCGGCCGUUGCGCCGCAAGAUGCCACGGUGGAGGACCUGGUGUGCGAGAACAAGCAUUUCGUGUGCCACAACUGCGGUGGCGACGGCGACGGCGACGGCGGCACGACCAAGCACUGCGUUCCAUGCGGGCGCGACGUGAACUACACCCGCUCCCGCUUCAUGGACGUCAUGGUGGACGUCUACACGGUGGAGUGCCUCUACAAGCGUUUCGGCUGCUCGACGUCCAUGGCCUACCACUCGGCCGCCGACCACGCGGCCAGCUGCAGACACGCGCCCUGCUACUGCUUCGACUGCCGGUUCGACAGCUCGCCUGUGAGCCUCGUGCGCCACCUGACGGCACGACACUCGUGGCCGGUGGAGAAGAUCCAGGGCAACGCGAAGCCUCUGUACACGGGCGUGCUCUGGGUGGACGGUCCUCCGGCGGCCCCGGGCCAACCACUCACGAGCAGCUUCCAGCUGAAAGCGACGGUGGCGAGCUGCUCCGUCCCCGGCGAGGUGGACAUGGAGCAGGGCUGGCUCCACGCGCACGUCGACCCCAACAUGAUGCACGGAGAGUCCGGCGAGCUUCAUCUGCGCCUUUGUCUCACCAAGCUCUCCUGAAUUAGCUACCCCGGCCUCUCUAACUUGAUCACGAUUGGAGGACUACUGUUUUAUUAGGGUCAUUGUCGUAGCUGCACAUCACAUGAACCCUAGCUAGUACUAUGAUUUUAUGAUGGAAAACCCCCGGAAUGGAUGGAUUUGGAUUGUAGUAGUUAAUUAAUUUGCGCUUCUUAAUUUGUGCAGCAGUGUUUGGUGG